AUGCGAGCUGAUGUAGCAGCAUCAGGGCGAUUUGACCACCGGUGGCUGGCACACGCCACGCUUAAGGAUAUGUCGUGGCUCAGAGAUAGACAGGGUAAGGCGUACAGCUUGAACGGGGCCGACUUUGCGCGAAACUUGAAUUACCUUGGCGAGACAAUGACGUGGACGACCCUGCAGAGUGGCAUGGUCUUGUUCUCUCCUACGCGUGACAUGGCGUCCCAGUCUAUGGCAAAGCGACGGCAUUUUGGGUCCUUCUGCCUCGCGCUGCUUUACAAUUUCCCGUCACUGGUAUAUCGACCACUGGAGCCUGGGUCUGUGAUUGCAUACUCUACAAAGGUGCACCAGUUCCAUGACUGGCUUCUAACUGGUGACGGUAAGUCGCUCAGACAUUUCGAUACGGGCAUGGAAUGUGGAGUGCAACCGGUCGCUUCGAUGGCCGCAUGCGAUAUAGCCGCCUUAACAGCUAGUAAGUCUCCUGUUUACUUUGGAGCGCAUCCGGCGCUUACUCGCGUUGUCCACAUGUGGGCUGGACGACGAAGGUGGCGGCCGCAACGACGUAAACUGAAACAGAUUAUCACCCGGCGGCGCCGUGCUGUAGGGACUAGACUUCUUGAUGAACGUGUGGCAACGACAGACUUUCACGUGAUCUCGGAAGGUACAACAUUGAUUACUUGGAGUGAUAUUCGACGAAUACGAGCGUCCUUUCCGACAAACGCUCAGACGCUGUAUAGGCUAAAGAGUAACAGUUUUCCGCUCUGGAAUUGGGCGAAGCAAGACCUGUCUUGCACGGUCCCUGAGUGUGCGAAUGCUGGUUCAGCUCUGGCAAGCCAUAUCUUUUGGACAUGCUCUAGUGCGCGUCGUCACUGGGAGUUUCUCCUUGAUCGGUGGCGAUGGCUUGGAAAUUUUCAGGAGGCUGAAUUGAAUGUUUGGGUGUUUGGCCUGGACCUCCCGGCGAUUCCACCCUACGCCUGGGAUGUAAUUAAGCAAUCCAUGGACCCAGGCUCUAAUUAA